UGCCAGGACAGUGAACUUUCAUUUAUAUUAUUUUAAGAUAAGAUAGAUUUUUUAAAUAGUUUUUAAGAUUUUAAGUAGUAUUUUGAUACCAUUGGUUAAGAUACUUAAGAUGUUAGGCAUUCAAUAUGUAGAGGGAUCAAAGACGAGCGUUUUUUACUUUUUUGUUGAAUAGUGAAAUGUUUCUGCAGGGCCGUGUUAUAAUUGUUUGGUUAUCUUGGCUUAUCGGAGGAAUUUGUGGCGUUGUCAUUUUGUUAGUUAUAGUUUGCUACUGCCGCCUCAUGCCGCGUCACCAGAAAUCUUUUGAUGAGCAGUAUCUGAAAGAAAAGGGCAGCAUCAAAGACAGCCAUGCCGCUUACACCAGUCAGGACGGCUAUACGAGGGUGAAGAAUGCCGAGGUGCAAGUGUCCCGGCACUCGCGGCCCGCGAGCUACUCGGGCGAGGCGGAGCGCCGCGCGCGCGCCGCCCGGCCGCCGCCGCCGCCGCCGGCGCCGCUCGACCCGCGCGAGCACGCCGCGGUCGCUGACAGGGACCAGGUGGCGCAGUACGCGUCCAGCGGCAUGCUAGACGAACUAUCUACGAGCACUAGCAUCGACGCGCUCAAGACGCGCUCGCUGCCGGCGUUCCUGCGACCCAAACCGCGACCCCUGUCCACCGAGGACGACCUGCAGCAGCUUUACGCUAAGGUGUCACUGAGCAAGAAGUACAAGAGCCGCAUGCGCAGCGAACACGCAGCCAUUAUUGCGCUGAGUAAAUCGCGCAGCCAGUUCUUCGACGCUGAUGCAGUCAUCGUGUACGACCAGCGGACCGCUCUCUAACUUAUAAAGUGUGUGCUCAAACUCCGUGGUGAUAGUGAUACAUUGAUAAUAGAGUCGGACCAAGCUAAAUCUGCACCGACUUUAAACAAAGAUAAAUUAAUAAUUUAAAAAAAUAAUUUAUUAAUUAUUUUUUUAAAG